GAUCUGCAGAAAAGUUUCCUUUUUUAUAUUGUUUGAUGUUAAUGCGGAUUGUUAAAUUUGAGCUCUGUUUUCGUUUGGUUACUUAUGCAGCAAGCAAUGUCUUGUUCUCAGAGGUUAAAAACAAGUUUUGGGAACAUGUCUGAUAUGAGCGGUCAUCAAGCUGAAAACAAUGACAUCAUGUCCGAGAUUUUUCUCCGGUUGCCACCCGAAACGGUCUACAAGCUGAUUCUAGUAUCAAAGAGAUGGCUUCAGAUAAUCUCCGACCCUUUAUUCCGUCGCACUUACCUAACCAAAUGGAAACCCAAGUCUAACCUCAUAGGCUUCUUCAUCUGCAAGACGAAGAAGUCUGGAAGUUUCAAAUACGAACUUCGUCGCCCUCCCUUUGAGUUUUACCACCCGCUUCGAACUAUCUUAGGCGAUGAAAUCAAAUCGUUGAAGCAGCUUGGACACUACAUUGACUCUUCAAACGGAUUUAUUCUUUGUAUCAACCAACAUCCAAAUCCAAAUGAUUACUACUUGUGGAAUCCGAGCACGGGGAGGCGUCAUCGGAUUCCACAUCAUGAAGUUCACCUUGAAUACCCUUGCACGUCCUUGGUCAUCGAGGAGGAUGGUCCGUUUAGCUACAAGGUGGUCCGCGUGGAAUGUGUAAACAAACCAAGCGCGAAGUUGAAAGUUUAUACCUUUUCAUCUAAAACCAACACUUGGACCUACUCGGAGAUGACUUGUCCCGAGCCUAUGAUUCUCAUUCUAGGAGGAGGAGGGACAGUGAUUGGUGGAUUUGUGUAUUGGUAUGCCACAGGAGGGAGAGUUGCGUUUUACGACACCAACAGUAACGAGAAACGAAUCGGUUUGGUAAAGCUUCCGAAGAUACACGACAACGAGGAACGUGUUCUGACUCAUUCGCCUGAUGGGUGUCUACAAUACGGACGGAGCAGUAAGUCAGUAAUGGAGAUAUGGAAGCUGGGAAAGGUAAACGGUUUGUUUCAGUGGAAGCUUCAACAUAAGGUGAAUUUCAAGGUGGUGUGGAGGUGGUACGAUGUUAAAGCUGAAAGACUUAGUAGUACCCACAACGAGGUUAAAAAGCUGUUCGCAUUCCCAAUCAGGAAUGAGAGUCAAACAUGUUCAUCAAGACCUGGAACAAUAACAGAGGAGGAGGAGGAGCAGGGUGUUCUUUAUGGGACGUCUGCAAUGUCUUGCCAUAGUUUCGACGAUAAUGGUUUUCCUUUCUUUGUCAGUUUUAUAAAAGGAGCUGAUGUCUCUAAGAUCAUAGGGAAAAAACUCAUGCGUCACUACAUGUCUUCCUAGCUAUGAAUCAGUUCGUGUGUUGAGCCUCUGAGAUCAUUUUCUUUUUUCUUUUCCUUUUCCUUUUUUUUGGGUGUCAUAUAAUUUCACUUCUUGAGGAAUUAGAUUCAUUUUUGUUUCAUCAGUGUGAUCAUUAUUGUUCAAA